AUGGCCGCGAAUGCCGUUCACACGAGGGUUACCCAAGCCGGCGAGGCCCAAUGGCGGACCGUUCGGGGCGGAUCCUGCGCGAUGGCAACACAGAAUGGCGACGAAUGGCAUCAUUGGGCUGGCAUGAUUGCAGCUGGUGGUCCCUGGUCUCACUCUAGUCCAGCCACCUUCGGCAGACCUUGCCAUUAUGCAUAUCUCGACUUCAUCUUCGGGGUCCCUCCUUUUCUCCCUGACGAGGGGUUCCUGCAGACACUGUCUGGCCUCACUGUCGAAUUGUGCCUUUUCGCAAUCUAUAUUUGUCUCGACUCGGUCCACAUGGACCAGAACAUUCUACACAUCGUCUCUCCGAACCGAGAGGCAAAGAGGGACUGGCGAUCAGGGGCCGGGGGACCCACUUGGUCAACCUGA